CGGACAAGGGUUCGUUCCAACAAAACGUUAGCAGUCAUAGUCUGUCAGAAUGCAAUUCACAAUGCCGCCUUCAGCCCCCGAGACGCCUCGAUUCCCAUCUUCAAAGGCCCCUUGCGCUGGAGCGAGUACCGUUCACCAACGCCUGGAUGCUCUGGAUGCUUGCCUCUCGUGGUUCUACGUCCGGCUACUUCUACUAACUGGCGUUAGUUGGGCGGUACACGCCGCCGAGCUUGUACUCUUUACCUUUACUCGACGCCUCGUCGCCCACAACGUAGGUAUGGGGACGUACGCGCUGGAAGCACUCGGCGUCGGUGUCUUCCUUGGAUCGGCACUCGGUGGACCGCUUUUCGGUCUUCUUGCUGACGCUCGUGGACGACGCUCAGCUCUGCUCUUUGCCAUGACUCUAUCGUUGGUGGGUCUGGCACUAUCGGCCAUGGCUAAGAAGGACUAUCAUGUGAUCGCUGCGAGAAUUCUUGCAGGAAUUGGCCUUGGUGGAGAACUCCCGGCUGCUACGGUCCUAGUACAAGAAUUGGCACCAAAAUCAAUGCGAGGUCGCAUGGUUGCUUUACUCGAGGCUUUCACUGGCAUAGGUGGCGUUGCAGGUGUAGCACUGGCCUUCGGUGUAGCGCCUCAACUAGGAUGGAGAUCUACUUACUGGGCGAUUUGCGGAUGUGUGUUGUACGCGGGGGUGCUGCGUUUCGGUAUUCCAGAGUCUCCGCGAUGGCUAGCAAGUGUGGGUAGAGUGGACGAAGCUCUGUGUAUUGUGGAGAAACUGGAACGGGCCCAUGGAAAACGAACACGGUACGAUAAUCUCAAGGUGCAAGAUGCUCCACCACCGGUGGAAUCUGCGUCAACUCCACGUGUGAAGGUAGGAUCCGACACAAUUGUCCAAACGCUGGUACUGUGGACGCUGUGGACUGUGAUGGCGAUGUCAUCUUAUGCUCUGGGAGUAUACGUCCCGACGCUCAUUAGUAUGUCUGGGUUUAAUAUGUACGAAAGAUGGAGCACCAUUGCGUCGCUGCAUGGAUCACAGAUACUCGGCUGCAUUGCAGCGUCAUGGAUGCUAGAAGCGCGAGGUCGCAAGCAAUCUCUCGGGUGUUUCGCUACGUCAGCGUCGAUGAUUGUGGUGCUACUGAGCUACAUGCCUUGGUACCCGUUUGUUGUGAUUAUUGGAACUUGCUCCGUGUCCGCGUUACUGGCGGGAACCUGGAGCUGUGUGUUAGCGUACACCCCUGAGAAUUACUCGACGGGAGUGCGAGCGCGCGGGGUUGCGUACGCGUUUGGCUUAAGCCGAAUUGGGGCCUCCGGUGGUGCUCUACUGUAUCCUCACAUGUUCGACGUGUGGCUCAUGUCAGUGCCUGCUAUUACGUGGGUGUUUGCUGGACUGCUAGCUGCUACAGUUCUCGGGGUUGUGAUUCCCUACGGUUUUGAUCUUCUAAAGGAUGAAUACAGUGACGAAGUGGACUCGCAGGAUUCGGACACUGACAUGGAGCUAGGGGCCGACCAUGAGACGGAAGAUGCUCCCCUCGUGGUAAACGAUGGUGAAAGCAAGUAAGUGGUCAAAUUAUAUUUUAAGGUAUCGAGAAGAAGCCGUCGAUGCAGUAAGAAUCGGAGAAAUUACCACUGACGGCUAGUUCACGGG